CGCUGCGCGGCGGCGGCGGCGGCGGCGGCGGAGGCGGCAACGGGCAGCCUCUGGCAGCCCUGAGCCGGCCGGCCGGUCCCCGGCAGCAGGGAAAGAAUGGCGCUGAAGCGGAUCCAGAAGGAAUUAACAGACCUGCAGAGGGACCCUCCAGCCCAGUGCUCCGUGGGACCUGUGGGAGACGAUUGGUUCUACUGGCAGGCCACCAUCACCGGCCCGAAUGACAGUCCUUACCAAGGAGGCGUUUUCUUCCUGAACAUCCACUUUCCCACAGAUUACCCAUUCAAACCCCCUAAGGUUGCUUUCACCACCAAAAUCUACCACCCCAACGUCAGCAGCAAUGGCAGCAUCUGCCUCGAUGUCCUGCAGUCCCUGUGGUCUCCAUCACUGACGGUGUCCAAAGUGCUCUUGUCCAUCUGUGCCCUGCUCAGCGACCCCAACCCUGACGACCCUCUGAUGCCAGAGAUCGCCCACACCUACAAGGCCAACAGAGAGAAAUACAACAGACUAGCGAGAGAGUGGACACAGAAAUAUGCUAUGUAAGUGCCUUGGAGGUUUCACAGCAAAGAGGUCCUUCCGUGAAACGGAGCUCCUGGCCGAGCCACUCCCAGAGCACCCUCUCUUGUACAACGCCGGCCGCACUUUCUCCAGCCGCAGCCCACUGCGGCCACUCUCAGCUGUUGUGGCUUUGACAACCUCACAUCUUUGAUACCAACUUAGUGGUUACUUUAUGAUCUGCAGCCUUCCCGGCCACACUGGAAUCGGUCCCUGCACCCCGACUCGCCGCUGGUCUCAUGGGGGGACAAUGUGCCGUGCACCUCCCCUGCCUGACCUUGGGUGGCGCCCCCUGCCAUGGCACCGCCCGGGCCUCUGCCUCACCCUCACCUCUGGGUCUCAGCGCCAGCCUGGGUGCCCCAGGCAGAGCGAGCACCGCCUGCUGCAGACCUUGUCUCGGGAGGUCUCCACUCAUCCCGGGAGUCAGGAGCACUGUCCCUGGGACAGUGUCCCUCUGUGGUGCUGGCACCCCCCCGCCCCUCACCGGGCAGCAGCAGCACUUGGAACGUCGGGGCAGCGAGCACAGAACACCCUGGGAGAGGUGGCUGUCUUUUCAGAGUCCAGACCUGCAGACUGCGGUCUGCUUUUCCACACGAAGAGGAUUUCCAGUACCCGCCGCCCCCUCGGGGCCAGCGCUCAGCUCAGCGUGAGCCGCCCACAGACCAGAGCACAGGGGCAGGGAGAGACUUCGGAAUGCGAAUAAAGAUGUGAUUCACUGAUCACACUAAACGGUAACCAGCAUUGAAGCCUACCUUUUUCCCAGGCAGAACAGAAGACAUGGACACUUUUAAGAGGUCCUUUGGAACCGUGAACAGCCUGUUGAGUGAGUGAGUGGCCGCCUCUUAGGUUUCUGAGGCAGUCCACUUGAAGGGUU